AUGUCGUCCAAGAAAAACUUGUCUAAAGGCAAGCCUGACCUGAGCGACGGUCUCUUAGUGGAAUCGCGUCGUCUCAACCAUGAAAACACACAAUUGAAGGCACAGUUAUCUGAACUGCAAGAUAAAUACAUCCAGGCGUCCCAGCAGCUACGUAAUUUGCAGGUGUUGAACAAGAAUCUGAGCGAAAAGGAGGAGAAUUCCGGUGAUCGAAUUUGGGAACUCGAAACGCAGCUUAGCGACCUGCGAGACCAGUCAGUCAAGUUGCAGCUGAUGUACGACAAAACGAACAAGGAUAAGGCCUCUACAGAUGCAGAGCUGGAAAACUUACGGACGCAGCUUGAAUUUUAUCAGGAAAAGCAGUCAGCUCUAGAAAAGGAGACCACAGCCAAACUAUCGCAGUUGAAUGCCACAAUAAAGGAGCUGAAACAACGUAAUUCUGAUCUGAACGAUGAAAACGACGAACUGCACCAAAAAGUGCACCAGUUAUCGGCCGCUGAGAAUAAACGAUUAAGCCUGCUUCCUGCUAAUGACGAGAACGCUGAGCUCGAGAAGUACGACCAAUCGUCGCUGAUCGACCCUUCAUUGUCUCCAAUUCGUGAAAUAUCACCAAAUAUGAUGCUUCUCUCUGACCCAGACAGCCUACAAAAAGCGCAAAGAAAAAUUGCCAUGCUGGAACAGGAGCUGGCCAAAAUGAAGGCGGAGAAGGAAGAACUGAAGAGAAAGCAGGCUAACAAGUCACCGAAUAAAUCCAUCCGACGUCAAUCCGUCGCCGAAAGUGGUGGAUGGGACGACUUUGAUAAAAGCAUUGGCCUGAAUACCACACACAAGGACUCGGGAUAUUCUAAUUUGCAAAUACUUGAAAACGAGCUCGGGAACCUUUCGGACGACUACGAUGAGAUGGAGGCCUCGCAGAUUAAGUACUUGGAAAAUUAUGCUUCCAAGCAUGGAUUGAAGCUUGUGCCCGAUUCAAGCGAGAAGACUGCAGACAAAUCGAUCAUUGAGGCCUCUACAGGAUACGACAUCGUUGCUUUGCCUAAUGACGCCAACGCCCACUCUCCAAUCGAGCAGCUGAAACAGAAGUGUCAUGAGCUGGAUAUGGUACCGCUGAAAACAAGUGAAUAUGAAGAGCUGGUGAAGAGAUCCAACUACGAGAUGGUCGACAAGGACAAACUGGAGAACGCCGGUCUUACAGUUCUUCCUUUGCUGGAGUUCAAAGCACUUGAAGGGAAGGCUAGCAAGGUCGAGAUUGUACAGUCUGAGACCGAGAAACUCCAAAAUCAGUUGGAAAAUCCCGGUGCAGAGUUUAUCAACAGAAAGGCCUAUGAGUUGGGGCUUUCAACUAUUCCUGUUGAAGAACACGAAAAGCUGAAGGCUGCAUUGAACACCAGAACGAUGGAACUAAAUGCCGUGCAGGAAAAAUUGAGGCAGGUUGAAAAGAAACUGGAGACUCAAGCGUUAUCAUUAGAACAGCUGCAAAGUGGAGCAAUGAGUCACAAUAUGGCUCUUUUGCCGGCUUCGGAACACAGAGAACUCCUUGCUAAGGUCAAGGAACAGCAACAGGAUAUUGAGGCAUUCAAAGGAGCCCUCAAGGCCGCAGAAGACAAGCUUGCUUCUCCAGAUAUUUCUUAUAUCAAGGAGAUGGCAGGAAAGAAGAACCUGGUCGUCUUGGCAUCUGAUCAAACCGAGGCUACCAAGGCUGUCAGCACACCUGUGAACAGUCCUAUGAAACAGAGCGUCGAUUCUGGAAGCCCAACCAAACGCUCUGCUGCUCUGGCCGCCGAUGGAACUGUUGAAAUUGCUGCUUCAGCUUUGCGUUCUCUUCAACAAACCGUGGAAAAUCCAACAUUGCCAUACCUUAGCAGCAAGCUUGCCAAAUUGGGCUAUAAGGCUCUGUCUGUUAACGAGUACGAGCUGCUUGUGGCAAAGUCGUCUUCCGCUGGUGUUAAUGUUUCUCCGCGCAAGCAAAGGGCACUUGAAUCGGCGGAGACGGUCGAAUCCCUGAAAAGACGGUGUGCAGAACGAGGACUGGUUGUUUUGUCCAAGUCGUCUUAUGAAAGCAUUCUUGUAUCCUCGAAACGGUCGCUUACCCCGGUUGAGCUGCUUGAAAGAGUCGAUAAGUCGGGCAUGGUUGCCCUUAAGAAGGAAGACUAUCAGGAGCUUUUGGGAAUUGUUAGCUCUCUUGGCCCUCAGUUUGAGGAGCCAGUUGAGCAAAUGAAACGAGCUGGUCCUCAGCACAUUGGAGCUUCUCUUAAUGAGCUCAAAUCGCUUGCUGACCAACAAGCAAAAAUUUCCGCAUCCUAUGACUCGCCGCCUAUUUCGUACUUAGCCCAAAAAGCCCACGAAGCUGGCUACAAAGUGGUGAGUGAAAAAGAGUAUAAAGAGCGGAAAGUUGAGCCAUCUAUUGAGGAAUGCCGGGAGAUUGCUCAAAAGCACAAUUGUGUGUUGCUUGAUUCAGAGGAGCAUACGGAACUUUUGUCGCUGAAAAAUAAUGUCACACAUCCCUCAGAAGAUUUUGUGUCCAGGCUUGCUGCUGCUGCUGGGCUCGACGUAUUAGGGGCAGCGGAGGCAGAAAGGCUCUCUAAUCCUUCAAGAUUGCAAGUUGCACAACUGGCCAAACAACAUUCUCUGGUGGUGCUGGACAGUGAGGAGCAUGAAAAUUUGCAACAGGAGCUGAAGGAGUUGAAGGAUUCUAUCAGCGAGCGUAGUCAAGAGGCAGCAAAGCUGGAUUCUCAGACUAAGAAAGACCAGAUUGUCAGGCCGACAGUCGAAUCUCUGCGUAGUGCUGCCGCCAGCAUAAAUUUCGUGUUAAUGGCUAAGGAAGAAAACGACAAGAAGGAAAACCAGCUGAAAGUCCUCUCCAAGCUCGAACAAGAAGUGUCAAAUCUGAGAUCACAGGUGGUAACAUUGUCGGCGCAGCUCAGGGAGGCAGAAACCAGUGAUUUCAUUAGGUCGCAAGCUACGAAAUACGGUCUUGUGGUGAUGCCUGAUUCUGAAAUAAGGCAAAAGGAAGAUGAACUUGUACUUAGUCAAAAGCAGUUGAACGAGAAGUCGGGUGUUCUGCAGACAAUUGAGAAGCAAGUGCAAGAGCUAACAAAACAACUGGCCGACACCAGAGAAGAGCUGGAACUGCAGAAAACGGCCUCUCCUUCUCUCGAGGUCGCCAAGUCUGUUGUGACCAAAAGCGGGCUACUCUGUCUGUCGAAAGCGGAGGUGGAGCAGCUUUCGGGAGCCCAAUCGCGUGAAACUGUCUAUGUCGAUGCUCCAAGUGAGCCGUUUGAGGCCAAGGAUCGCUUAUUGAAAGAAGAAGAGUUGAAGGAGUAUGCCUCCAAACUGGGAUUCACGCUUGUUCCUGUUGGACAAAAGGGACAGCCUCAAAGAGUGGACGUGCGUAAACUGAAAGAGCUCGCCAAACCACAUGGCUUGGAGAUAAUAGAGGUUUCCAAGCUGCGGAAGCUUCAGGAAAAUAGCAAAAUUGAUCUUGCAACGCUUCAUGAGGCCGCCAGAUCUUUGGGCAUGACCGUGGUUGAUCCUAAAGCAGUUCCAAAGAGGGCUGAGCUGAGUCAAGCUGCAGGCAAACUGGGCCUAAAGCUUAUGAGCUCCUCAGAGAUUGAAGCACUCAGGAAACGGCCUAUCACUUCAAAAGAUCUCGCUGCCGAAGCUGCCGAACUUAAGCUUAGGCUUGUGCCGGAGGACGAACACGGCACUUUGAAGAAGCCCGUUCUCGAUAGCGAUCUCAAACAGAUCUGUAGAUCGAAGGGAUACAUGCUCAUUCCAGAGUCCAAAUUUGUGGCCACUACAGUCUCGAGGACUGUGGAUGAAUCCAACGUCGUCGUCGUUCCUUCCACCUACUACAAUAAAUUAAUCAGAAGCCACUCCUGGUACAAAAACCACAAGAAAGACGUUGAAGAGAUGGAGAAACCAGCUACGACCAUUUUGGAAGAGGACGAGCCAAGUGUCUUGUCUGCAGAAGCUGUUAAACAAAGACAAACUCUGUCGCCCGGCAUUUCGACAACCAAUCUCUCCAGACAUGCCACAACGUCUACUGUUCAGACGACCGGUAAGUUCAAGUUCACUAACCAAGAAAUGAUUGCCGCUAUUACUCAGACGAUCAUUGGAGAGUAUCUUUACAAAUACUACAGAAAGCUCGGUCCGCUGUCUUCACUCUCUGAGGCCAGACACGAGAGGUACUUCUGGAUUCAUCCUUACAGCCUUACGCUCUACUGGUCUGCUGCCAAUCCUAUUCUUGGUGACCCAUCCGAAAAUAAAAUUCGGGCACUGGCGAUUAGCAGCGUCGAAUCCGUUGAGGAUAACAAUCCAUUGCCUCCUGGAUUGUACCACAAAAGCAUUCUUGUUCACUCUGCAGACAGGACAAUCAAAAUCACUUGUCCUACCCAAAAGCGACACAGCAUUUGGUUCAAUUCGCUGAGAUAUCUGAUCGACAGGAGUGUCGAUGAUAACAUAUACGACGACCCUGAAAACCAAUACGACAUCUCUUAUGCAUUGGAUGACCGCGUGGAAAACGAAAGAAAUGGACGGGGGCAGCGGCCAUCAAGAACUUUUUCGACGAAAGGACUGUUUAGUAACAUCAUGCCUGCCAAAAAGGACUAA